AUGCCUGCCGCCGCCGACGAGCGCGCCCCGCUGCUGGGCCAGCGCAGUGCCGACGAGCCCGCCGAGGCGCCGCGCGGCUUCGUCGCCCGCACGCGCGCCCACCUCGCGCGCACCUUUGCGCCGCUGGCGUCGCCGCAGACGCUGCGCCCGCUCGAGCGCUUCCUGCUCUUCCUCGUGCUCGCGCUGCUGCUCACCGCCGCCGUGCUGGGCGGCCUCUUUGCCGGCGCGCGCGCCCACCACCCGCCGCACCCGCACCGGCACCCGCCGCAUGGCCCGCCGCACCCGCCGCACCCGCCCCACGGCCCGCCGCCGCCGCCGCAUGGCCCGCACCCGCACGGCCCGCCGUGCACAACGGCCGACUGCGUGCGCACUGCCGCCGACCUGCUGCGUGCCAUCGACACGACUGCCGACCCGUGCGACGACUUCUACCAGUACGCCACCGGCGGCUGGCGCGAGGCGCACCCCAUCCCCGCCGACGCCGCGCUGUACGGCAUGGCGCAGGACAUCACCAAGACGAACGCGGCCGUCAUCCAGCGCCUGCUCAACGAGGCGCCUGAUGCUAAGGUGAACACCGCGGACGACAGUGAGAAGGCCAUCGACGCACGCAACAUCGCCAAGCUGCGCGACUACUACACCAGCUGCACCGACCGCGCGGCCCAGGACGCCGCCGGCGCCAAGCCGCUGCUCGACGUUGUCUCGCACCUGCGUGCGCUGUACCGCACUGGCGCCGCCGAGCGCGAGCCGGUGCAGCACAGCCCGGUGCCUGGCAGCGAGCCGGCGCCGCUGCCGCCGCAGGCGGGCCGUCAGCAGGGCCUGACGGAGGCGCUCGCCUGGGCACACGCGCGUGGCAUGAUGGCGUUCUUCAGCUGGACGAUCCAGGGCGAGCCCGUCAAGGACCCGACGUUCGCCACGCCGUGGCUCCAGCCUGACGGUCUCGGCCUGCCGAACAAGGACUACUACACGGACAAGGACGAGACGGACUUCUACCGCACGGUCGUGGCCGAUGCCCUCGUGGCCCUGGCUGCCGCCGAGCAGGACAGCCUCAGUGCGGAGAAGAAGCAGCGCAAGCCCGAGUCGGAAAAGAAGAUCCGCGCGCGCGCCGACGCCGUCGUCGAGCUCGAGAUCGCCCUUGCCGCCAUCACGCCCGAGAACGAGGACCUCGAGGACCCGCUGGGCACAUACAACCCGACGUCGUUCGCCGAGCUCUCGCGCAAUCUCUCCUCGCUCGAGGUGGCCACGUACUUCCACGACCUCGGCGCGGCACGCCCGGAGUCGAUCAACGUGCUCUCGCCGCGCUUCGUGCGCCGCCUCGACAGCCUCAUCAGCCGCACGCCCGACGACGUGCUCGAGGCGUACCUUGUGUGGACGGCGAUGCGCACGCUCGGCCUGGCGCUGGGCCCCAAUGUGCCGCUGCGGCGCCCGCUCGACGCUCUCGACCGGCGCAGCAAGGGCAUCGGCGCCGACGCGACCGAGGACCGCGCCACGUUCUGCCAGAACUCGCUCAACGACGUGCUCGGCUUCCUCACGGGCCGCUUCUUUGUCGCCGACAGCUUCCCGCCGCAGAGCAAGGAGAAGGCCGAGCUCAUCAUCCACAACAUCAUCCGCGCCUUCAAGAGCCGCCUGCCCGAGCUCGCCUGGCUCGACGACGCGACGCGCGCACGCGCCGAGCGCAAGGCCGAUGCUAUCCGCAUCAAGGUCGGCUGGCCCGAGAGCCCGCAGACGAAGGACGCCGGCGCCAUGGAGCGCUUCUACGCCGACUUCGACGUCAAGCCCAAGGACUUCUUCGGCAACGUCGCGCGCAGCCUCGCCCGCGGUGUCCGCCACGACUGGGCCGCCGCGGGCAAGACGCUCGACGCCAAGGCCUGGGAGAUGAUCCCUUCCGAGGUCAACGCGUACUACACGCCGCUCGCCAACGAGAUCGUCUUCCCCGCCGGCAUCCUGCAGCCGGCGUACUUCUCGUACCGCUGGACCGACGCGCUGCAGUACGGCGCAUUUGGCUCAGUCGCCGGACACGAGACAUCGCACGCGUUUGACCCAUCAGGACGCCUCUACGAUGAGGACGGAAGGCUCAAGAACUGGUGGAGUGACGAGACUGCCGCCCGCUUCGACGAACGCAAGAACUGCAUCAUCGACUGGUACGGCAAGCAAACCAUCCCCGAUGGCAAGGGCGGCGAGCUGCACCUGCGCUCCAAGUACACGAUCGGCGAGGACAUCGGCGACCUCGGCGGCCUGGCCGCCAGCUGGCGCGCAUGGCAGGAGAGCCUCAAGACGCCGGGCGCCGCCGAGCGCAACCCGGCGCUGCCGGGCCUCGAGCACCUGUCCAACGAGCAGCUCUUCUACCUCGCCUACGCGGUCGGAUGGGCCCGCAACCUGCGCCAAUCUGAGGCCAUCCUGCGCUGGCGCACCGACCCGCACUCGCCAACCAAAUUCCGCGUCAACGCCGCUCUCGCCAACAUCAAGGAGUUCGGCGCCGCCUGGGGCUGCAAGGCCGGCCGCGACAAGAUGUCGCGCGGCAAUGAGUCCUGCAUCAUCUGGUAGACGUGCGACCGCAGCAUCUGCGCUGUUGCUGAACCACGCUUCGAGGCGCCUCGAAGCGCCUCGAGCAGCAAUUGAGAACUUAUCGAAGCAUG